AUGGAUGGAUAUAAUGGUGUUUCCUAUGUGGGUAAUCCGGUAUUGCAACAGUGGGUUGAAGUCCCGUACCCUCCAUAUCCAAGAUCUUUGCCGGUUGGUUUAGUGACCCGCGUGGACGAGGACGGUGUUGUGUUGAGCUUCAAAGUGCUUACAGUGGCUGCAUUGGAGCCGAGUCCAGACAAAUCCUCGACUUUUGAUUAUGAUGCUGAUCUAACUCUACCUGGAGCACUUAUAGCUUAUGAUGUCUAUGGUGAAUCAAAUCUGUGUCAGGUUAUACCUCUCCCCGAUCAUAAUGUGAAUCACAACUCCGACUUCAAAAGAGCCUACACUACAUCCACCGGAUUUGUCAUUGAUGAUGAUGAUUCAGGCUGGCAACUUGAGUGGAAACUCCCCCUCCCGUUUAUUCGGCCUGAUGAUGAUAUUAGCUAUUAUGCACCAUUGGCAAUGCAUCCCUUUGAUCGCAAUAUUAUCUAUAUAUGGAGUCAACAAAACCGUUAUUUGGUGUCAUGUAACUUGCAGAAAUUAAACUACAAAAUCUUGAGAGAUGACGACCAAUCAAUCGAUGAUCUUCAAAAUUGCUUCGUCAACCAGUCUGUCUGUGAAGAAGAGAUGGAUGAUAUUUUUGGACCAUAUUCACAUCAGGAGUAUGUAGUUCCUAUCAUUAGUUUCCAUUCCUUACUCCCACGGUGGAUCGAAUCAAUGCCUUGUCCUCCCCAAGUUGAGAUUAUUGAUACAACUUCACUGUUGUCUAACAUUUACUUAAAGACAAAGAAGAAUAUAGGCAAAUAG